UCCCAGACACACUUUCCACCCAACCAACAUCUUUUCGCCUCUUUUUCUUCCCAAAUCGUCUACUGAAAGCGGUCGGCAACCUAGGCGGGGGGAGCCAAAGGCUGGGGCAGCCUGAAUUCUUGCCUUUACUCCCCCCUUCCUCUUUCCUUUUUUCUUAAUUUUCCCCCCCAGGGGGGAGGGGAGGAGAGAGACCCACGUUACGCCCCCCUCCCCUCCUCAGAGCCCCCAUUUGCCCUGCACACACGCCUCCUUCCCCAUUGCAUCCAAGGGAGGUAGCAACAGCAGCAUCAUCACUGCAAGCCGGAUGGGAGAGCUGAGAGGAGGCUGAUGAGAGAGGCAGUUCGCUGCUGCCAACACGGUAGGAGCUGCAGGCAAAAUAACCCAUGCGUCCCCGUGUGUCUGGCGCAUUGUGUUUCAUCAGAGGUUCUUAGACGGGGAGGAGAAUUUUUUUUUUUUUGCCAGAGAGACUUGCCAUGGUUGAAUGUCAAUGCCAGUGAGAGAGAGGACAACAGCCGGAGGAGGAGGAGAGAAGGGGAGGGAAAUGAAGCUGGGCUUGGUGGCGGGGAAAAGGAAGGAGCCUUGCCCUGCACAGUCAAAGGAGAUUCCUGCAGUUGCAGGGAGAAUCGUCCCUGCCAUCCUCCAUGCAGGCUGUGCCGGCUGCCAAUGCGUUUGAUGACGUCCCUGUUUGGUGAAAGGGGAAAGGAGACGUGACCAUGUAAGAUCCACCUUUGCCUGGUCAAUUACAUGCAAAGACUAGAUCCGAUUUCUACGGGGUUUUUAGUCCAGGGGAGUAACAGCUGGGCAAGUACUAAGCUCCCCUCUCCCGCGCCAAUUGCCAUAUUUGUGAGUGCGGUCCAGACAGCUGCUGGAGUGGCGGAGGUAAAAUAAAACACAAGCAAAUGCUUUGGGGGAUAAACUCAUUGGAUGCUAAUCGUGUCUCGCAGGACUUUUAAUAUUUAUCAUGAAACAUUUUGAAAACAACAGCAACAUUUGAAUGAGCAGGUGAGGACAGUGUUUCAGACGUAGGGUGUUUUCACCCCCGUCCCCCCCAAAUAAUGUGAAGGACCUUUUGUCAGCGAAGGCAGUUUUGAUCACGAGAAGAACAAAACCCAGUUUUGCAUUUUAUUAGCCGGCUGUGUCUCCCGUCUGAUGCCACAUCCUCUUGUACCAUUUCAAAUAACUCUGCUGCUAACAGUCAGAAGCAAAAGGAAAUCCUUGACAUGCCAAAUACUGUUGCAAGAACCAUAUUUCCCUCCUUUCUCCACAGCCGCUGGAGAGACCCGACCCCGUUCGUUACAGGUGCAGGAGUUAAGACUUUCCAGGAGCCCCCGCGUUUCUCUGAACCCCCCCCCCCGGCCCCCGCGGAGGGUUUACUUCUAACACCGGAUUAUUUCGAAACAAACUUGUGGAAUUUGUCCAGUUAAAAACAAAAAAAAAGGCGGGGGGAGGGGAGGGGCAGAGAUAAUUUUUUAUCCUUAUUAAUGAUCAGCGGGUUGCGGUGAAUUUUAACCAGCUCUUCCUCCAGAUCCAUUUUUUUUUAUUAUUAUUAAUAAUAAUUAUUGUUUUUAAAGAAAGAAAAACGACCCAACAUUUUGGGGUGGGGAGCGGGAAGGGAGACACCAGCCAAGCAGCCCCCCUGGCUCCUGGGCUCCCCCCGGCUGGCUCCUCUUUCCCGCCCGUCCCUGCCCGGACGGGGACGGCUCAUGUUCACACCAGCCGGCGUGCUCGGCUUCGGGGGCCGCCGCUGCGGAUUGCGGAGCCCGAGCCAGAUGUCGCGCCACCCGAGCCUCCUCAAGUGCCGCUGCCGCAGGCUGUUCAAUGACCUGAAAGUCUUCCUGCUCCGGAGACCCCCCGCGCCCCCUCCGCCCUCGCCCCCGCUCCCCAUGAACAGCGGAGCCCCCCGCCCCGGCGCGCAGGCGGCCGGCCGCAGCCCCCUGCCCGCGCUGCCGGGGGGCCGAGGGGGAGCCUGGAGGGCGCCGGCCGCCGGCGGGGGCGGCCCGGCCAGCCCGCCCGAGGAGGAGGGGAGCAGCCCGGCCGGCGAGCCCCCCACGUCCACCAUGAGCAGCGCGUCCUCGGAGGACUUCUGCAAAGGGAAGGCGGAGGACAGGUACUCGCUGGGCAGCAGCCUGGACAGCGGCAUGAGGACCCCGCUCUGCAGGAUCUGCUUCCAGGGGCCCGAGCAGGGGGAGUUGUUGAGCCCGUGUCGAUGUGAUGGAUCGGUGAAAUGCACACACCAGCCUUGUCUGAUCAAAUGGAUCAGCGAGAGAGGCUGCUGGAGCUGCGAGCUGUGUUACUACAAGUAUCACGUCAUUGCCAUAAGCACAAAGAACCCUCUGCAGGUAAAGUGGCAGGCCAUCUCUCUGACAGUCAUUGAGAAGGUUCAGAUAGCAGCAGCCAUCUUGGGUUCCCUCUUCCUCAUCGCCAGUAUCUCGUGGCUCAUCUGGUCGACCUUCAGUCCUUCCGCCAAAUGGCAGCGCCAGGACCUGCUCUUCCAGAUCUGCUAUGGAAUGUAUGGCUUCAUGGACAUUGUCUGUAUAGGUCUAAUAAUACACGAAGGGCCCUCGGUUUACCGGAUUUUCAAACGGUGGCAGGCGGUAAAUCAGCAGUGGAAAGUGCUGAACUAUGACAAAACAAAAGACAUGGAGGACCAAAAAACAGGGACCAGGACAAACCUCCGAACCUCCUCCCAAACCAACCAUUCAUCCUCCACUGGUGGUACAGCCAGCAACUCCGCUCCAGCCGACAAUGGGGUCCGGGGCACUAGCCACGCCAACGGCACCCUGUCUGACCACCACUGUGCUUACACCAUCUUGCAUAUACUCAGCCAGCUGAGGCCUCACGAACAGAGAAGCCAGUCUAGCACGAACAGAGAGCUCGUCAUGAGGGUCACAACAGUCUGAGCAACGGAAUUCAGGAGGCCUUAACGCGAAGUGGAGGAGACAAAGAACUCAAGAGCAGAGAAGCAUGGUGUGCCUUUAAUUUUCUGGGUAGCUGCACAAGGUGUAAGCAGCACUUGGCCAACUGAGGAAGAAGAAGAUGGAGGCAGAGCUGCACACUCAUGCUAAAGAGGUUAACGUUUUCCAGCCAGUCAAUAUUAUUUUUUAAAAAAAUAACAAAACAAGUGCAAUACGGACUAACAGCUAACUAGGCAGAAGUUUGGGGAAGCCGAGGAAGAGCCGGUAUUAGCAUGUCUUACAAGUUUUAUUAGCUGGGAUGGGUAAUGUUCUGCACACACUCACACACGCCCCACACGCACACAGACACACAGUGUGGGAUGAUAACAAACAGAAGGGGAAUGACGGAAGCGAUGUAUUUGGAGGAGUUUUCAGAUUGUAUUAAGCAGGGAUCUGAGUCAUCGUUUUGUUUCAUAAAUCAUUCCGGAGCCCUGUAUUACUCGCGAAAGAGUAUUUCCACUGAAAUGGCUGGGGAUUUUUCAGUUUUAAUAUUAAAAAAAAAAUCCAUCCAUAUUUCACCAAAACAAAAAUCAGCAAGGGGUUCGGAGAAUGGCGUUGGGAGCGGGUUUGACAGACAUUUUUUGGCGAAGUUUGUACAGAUGCGUGGUGGGUGUUUGAAGCACAAGCACUGGUAUGAUGACCCCAGAUCCCACAUUCAAACCUUCCCGCUCACAAAAACCAUCCUCCAGGCAGACUUUGAGAAAGGAGGCUGCUCCGGGUUAAUUUCCUCUCAUACCCCAUCACCCCUGAUUGAUUACAUUAGGCCAGUCCCAUCUCCACAGCUUUCUCCUGCAUCUGUGAUUCAGACUCUCAUAAGAGGGUUUUUUUAUCUGUAUAUCCCUGCUGCUCAACUUGCAAGAGAGUCUCACUUCACUCAAUCUUAUAGGUUAAGCCCUUGAUAUCCAGUCUGCUGAAUGACUGUGUGGAAAAGACUAAAUGAUGAGCUAACAAAGACUUAGUCUGAAGAGGGAGCACAGUCCCUGAGUGAAUAUAUUAUGCUUUUAAUAAGUCUCCUUUAGGAGCUAUCCACGAAAGUAUCAAUUGCUCUUCAGGAACAUCCUCUUUCAAUGCACAAUGGCUGAAUCAUUUGUGGGUAUUAAAGGGACACUGUCAAGUACUUUUUAAAUAGUUUUUAGGGGCUUUUUUUUUUUUUUUUUUUUACUCUCCAUCAUUUGUCAGAUUCUCUUAAAAACUUGAAAAUAAAAAUUCUUUCCCUAUUGAUUUUUGUCCUUUUCCAUUUGGCACACACUGUUCUCCCCUGGCCAGGGCCUUGCCCCGCUGUGCCCUCACCCCGCCCUGCCCCUCUCCUCCCGACCGUCUACUGCAGCCAGAAGUCAAACAUGGCUGCGCCGUUUACUUUCAUGUGCCCCAGCAUUGCUGACGGUGCUGCACCACGGCCCUGGAGAACAAAGCUGUUUUGUUAGCGUAGCCGAAGAGCAGAAACCGUCCCAAUGCAGAGCCUUAACUGGUUUUGGAGCAAUGCCACAGCAAAUCAAAAAUAACCAACGCCACCAUGGUCAAACCCGGUGCCUGGAGUUAGCCGCCAAAACCCAUAUGUAAGCAGAUGAACGAAAGCAGCCUGCUUUCCAGCUGUGCUGGGGGGUCUCCUGCCUUAGGGGUUUCUAUUACCACCCUUCACAAUGGUAUCUGAGCGCCUCUUGCAGCUUCUGUUGGAGCCAUGGGAGUUGAUUCACGCCCCUACAUAUGGAUUUAGCUGAUGGACUUUCAUAGAAUCAUAGAAUAUCAGGGUUGGAAGGGACCUCAGGAGGUCAUCUAGUCCAACCCCCUGCUCAAAAGCAGGACCCAUCCCCAAUUAAAUCAUCCCAGCCAGGGCUUUGUCAAGCCUGACCUUAAAAACUUCUAAGGAAGGAGAUUCCACCACCUCCCUAGGCAACGCAUUCCAGUGUUUCACCACCCUCCUAGUGAAAAAGUUUUUCCUAAUAUCCAACCUAAACCUCCCCCACUGCAACUUGAGACCAUUACUCCUUGUCCUGUCCUCUUCCACCACCGAGAAUAGUCUAGAAUCAUCCUCUCUGGAAUCACCUCUCAGGUAGUUGAAAGCAGCUAUCAAAUCCCCCCUCAUUCUUCUCUUCCGCAGACUAAACAAUCCCAGUUCCCUCAGUCUCUCCUCAUAAGUCAUGUGUUCCAGACCCCUAAUCAUUUUUGUUGCCCGGGUUUGACUUUGGGCGCCCGGGUUUGAAAUUGCCGGCCUGAAAGCAAUUUAGCUCUCAGAAGGGAUAAGCAUUUUAAGGAAGGUCAGAUUUCUGGGCCUCCAUUACUUGACAGUGUCCCUUUGAAUAUCAGAAUGCAACGGAACAGGUGUCUUUAUGGCAGAUGACAUGUGGGUUCUGAAACUCCAGCCGAGUUGAGUUCUGCCCUGAGAUAAGAUUUAAUCCCAAGACAGCUGAUGAAAUGAGGAGCCAUGCAAACAAACAUGAUUUCUGGGAGGCCAGUGUCUGUAUAGCUGACCUAUCUCACUGUCUACCAAAGAGUGCUUUUGGUUGGGGUCGGGGCUGUUUUGAUGACCUCUGAAAGGUGCUGUUGGGAGCAUGUCUCUUACGGGGCUGCUCCUGUGGUAAAGUCUAGCAAAGUCUGGUUAACGCAAGGGAACACAGCAGCCUCUUCGUGCCCCAGGGGCUUUUCCAAAGGGCAGUGUUCUUGUCACAAGAGAUGGCCACUUGUGAUGCUCUGACAGGGGUGGGGGCUGUCAGACGUAACAGUAAAUAGUGUCAUCUGAUCCCCCUCCAACUCCCAUUAUGGGAUAAGGAAAACCAAAUUCCUUUCACUGGGGUUAGCAGGUUGGGAGUUUAUAAGGUCAGAAGCACAUCUCACCAUGAAAGGGAGGCAUGGCCUGGUGGGCUGAGCACAGGAUGGAGUCAUCUCACUCCAGCUCUGCCACCAACUCUCUCUGUAGCCUUGGGCAAGUCCCUUAAUCUUUCCGGCUCAGUUCCCCAUCUGCAAAAUGGGGAUGAUAAUACUUACCUACCUCACAGGGGUGUUGUGAGAUUCAAUGUUUGCAAAGCCCAUUGACAUGAUAAGGUAGUGUGUGUAAAAUAGAUAGCAAUGAGCUGGUUAGCAGGAAUGAGCACCCACUGCCCUUUGCUGGACAAACGUCAAACUGCUCAGCUCGGUGUAUCAUAGCCCCUACACUGUUACCAGAGAGUCCCCUUUUGCUGAAGUGGUAGGGUGCUGCCACUUUCGUAUGACGUUCUGAGUGGCUCUAACGUGCAGCAUAGUGACAACUACAUGGUCCUACUUGGCCAUGGGUUUGUUACAACAUUUUUCUAUACACGUGUUCUCCAUGCAAUGUGCUUAGAAACAUAUGUUCCAGUUGCAACUGGCCUGUCUGGGUCUGGGCUGUUCAGUGGCUGAAGCAUCCCUCAUGAGUGGAAAACCCUUUCAUUUGGCUUCGGAGCCCAGUUUCAGAGACGGUGACCUUCUGAGCCCUUCCACAAUGGUUUAAGAAUCAAAGACCUAUUUCAGCUAUUUAAUAGCCAAACCAAAUGAACAGAACACGCAGUCUUGCCAAGUUCAUCAAUGACUGGGCAUCAGAUACUAUGGUGACAAGGAGCACUUAAGUACCUAGGUAGAUAAGACGUUAGCUAAAGGAAGUUGGAAACUAAUUAUAACGCUUUCUUAAGCAUAGAUUCCCAAGGCCAGAAGGGACCACUGUGAUAAUCUAGUCUGCCCUCCUGUAUCACACAGGCCAGAGAACUGCCCCAAAAUAAUUCCUGUUUGAACUAGUGCUCAGGAUCUUCGCUUUCAUUCCAUCAGCACAAUCUCCUAGAAGACAGGUGUAAUUGGAACCUCUGUUUUCAGAGCAGUUUAUUCCUGAGCAAAGUGCUUCUGAGUUUUACGAACAUCUAGGCUGCUGGUCUGAGAGCGAUGUGUGCACGUUUUGGGGUUUUUUUAUUAUUUUUUGGAGCGGCUCUGAAGAUGGCAGGAAUAGCAAUGAGCAUCUAUGUUCCAUGGCAGAAUGCGCUCUUCUCUCCUCCCCCGUCCCCUCAUUUCUGCUCCUAUGCAGGACAAUAAAAAGUGCAAAAAUGGAGACAUGCAAACCACACCGUGGACUGGCGGGGGUUUGCAGAGGGCAGAAGGACAAGAUGACGGAGCUAAACAAAGCCGUUCUAUGGAAGGCAUCCCUUCCCUGGCAUCACCCCACCCACACGUCACUGCUCAUCUUGCCUUCUCUUUCAAGUACUCUUCACUUUGCCUCGUUGUCAAAGAGUUCUUGUUUGUAUUUUUAAUGCCAUUCUUACAAAGCAGUGAGCCCUGCUUCCCUCAGAUCAUGCUGUUUGCAAAGAACUCAACAGCUGUUUUGGGGGAGGGCGGGUAGGGGCAAAACCGCCAUCGGGCAUUCCUGUGCUCUUGUGCUUCAUGGCACGGUGAAACAGUCAGAGGUGGCUGAUGGAGAGAUGAGGGGUCUGAAAUGAUUCGUGGUCCUGCUAAAUUACUCACAUUUUGUUACAUUUUGUUCCUGAUUUUCUGUCAGCUUUGAUGGGUCACUUACUGCCUUUUUGGAGAGGUUUUGCUCUGUGUGACUUCUCUCAAUUCUAUCCUCUUUGCCCAAAAUUUCGGUGGUGGCCACAAGCCUUCAUUGCUCUUCCAGUCUCUCCACCAAACACCCACCCUCAAGCCCAUUCCUCCCACCUCCCCCAUCAGAGCACAAGCACACACUUAGACUGUAGUAGGGGGUCUACGUGGUCCAGGCUUCCACUUCUUCUGACGCCCCUCUGGUCAGGACUCACAGCCCUUGCUGUGUUUUGUUUUUUCAAUAUAUAUUCACUUUGAAACUCAUAGUUUCCUGCUGCCAAUCAGCUCCCACAGGACCAGUUGGUCGGGAAGCCCAGAAAGCCAAUAAAACACUCCAUUCCCCGCUUCAAAUGUCAGCACUGGUGGGCUGGCUCUCAAAACACAUGUCUGAAUUUCCCUUUUGCCUUGCUUUAAUAACGCUAGGCCUGUGCUUUUCUAUGGUGGGCCUUGAAGAUGCACCGGUAUCAUCCUGCUCCUGUGGCCAGGCCCUGAGGAAGAGCACAUCACUGUUGCCACAAAUGUCCCAAGAGAUGCGUGCUUCUGGCAUUAUUCUGGAUCAGGGACACUGAUGCCAAUCUUUUCUACGGGGAAGAAAUAGUAGUUAAUACGUUUCCUGGCUUUACUAACUGUAUUUUCACUCAGGGAAACAGGAACAAACCUCCUCAGACUUGCCAGAUCCCUGAGGAUUCCUUCAAACCCCAGUUCCUCCAGUAGGCCCCAUAUCACAGCCAACCUCCUUCCGGCUGAGAAAGCCAUCGGCUGGAGACCAUCCUGAGGGCUGCUGUCUGCGUACGGUUGCCAGCGGUCCCUCUUGUCAAGGGAGAGGCCUGAUUUUUUUCCAGUGGACGUGCCACAUGUCUUGUAGGGCAUUGAGUAGCUCACCACAGGGUGAGCGACACCGAGAGCACAACGCCGUAAUGCAGCAUCUCUGACUCAGCGGACAAAGUAUUCAAGGAGGUAGCUCACCUUCACUCAGGAUAUAAGCAAGCUGCCUCCAUAGCACUGUCACCCCAUGGAUCCAGAGAGGUGGGACCAGCAGUCAAACCCAGGACUCCUGCAUUGCAGCUGAGAGCACAAGGCCAGUCAGCCAGCUAAUUCCUCUUCCCAUUUCAUUACAAUGCCAGCAUGUUACCAGCAGUUCCUGUUAGCAUUUGUCAGCUACGCACAGUGAGGGAAAAUCAAUGUAAAACACUGGAAUAUUCCGGUGGACUGAGCCCUUGGGGCCAGCAGUGCAUAUGCCCUAAUGGUUAGUGCCAGGGGACCCUAACCCCCAGUACCAAUGAACCCCACUCAUGACGCACUCCCUGCUAUUCUACUCCCUCUCUUGGCAUGUGGCAAAACCCUGCCUGCCCAGACUGUGGCUUCUCAUGAGUAGAGAUACCUACAACAUAAACUAUAGGAUGAUUUUGCAACAUGGAUAAAUAUCUGUAGUGUUUUGAAACCAGCACUUGUGACCAAAAGCACUCACAUUAGAAUCCAGAGAUAAACAACUAGUGCAGGAACCUACUGUAUUGACCAUUUACCUCCACUUCAACGCUGAAGGGAGAUAUACUGAAUAAAGCAAUGGUUUCCUUUACAACAGUAACCAUUUGAUGGCUUCCAGAGCAUUCCCUCCAGUGCUGUGAGUGUAGUUGAUGGAACAGUGUCUGAUCUGACAUCUAUCACACUGUAUACAAGUAGAAAAGACCAUGAAGUUUCUGCACUGUUAACAAAAACGUCAAAAAUAUCUUGGUUUAUUAUUCAACUUACCUCCAGGUCAGUGGGUGAAUUUCUUCUUUGAAGAGAGAAUGAAGUUUCUUCUUCCAGAACCGGAAUUACAAGUUUACAAAACUAUUACUCUUCUUGAGAGGGGGGAAAAACAACCGUGAAAGAAUGUUUAGUUUAUUGAACCUAAAAAAAAAAAAAGUCUUGACAGAAGUUAAUUAGGUAGAUAGAACAAUGCAGGACCUUACUCUAGGUAGGCAGAAGAAGGAGAAAAGAAAUCCUUGCAUGGGAUUCUUGGCCAAUCAUUGAUUAAAUGUUCAGUCAAUGUGUGUGUGAGACAGAGAGAGAGAUACUUGGGUCUUGAAGUGCAGUGGAUCAUAGACGAAAGGCCCCUUGAAAUUAUUUGAGCCAUACUCAAGCAAGCACAAAGAUAUGAAAGCACAAACGCCUGGAACCAUACAAGUCACAAGUUUAUUGACAAGAGGUGGGGGUCCUUGAACAUGGGGAAAGAAUAAGGGAGAUUCUUUUCUAGGCCACAUUGAGAGUGUUGUUUUCAGCUUGUUUACUACCUACCUAUAAACAACCUGCUUUUCAAAGUGUUCUGGAGAAAGAUGAUGUUAUUCAGAAUAUAGAGAACUGAAUAAACAAACAAAAAAGGAGCCAAGGAGUAAGGAGAGACUGUUCACUACAUUUUGUUACUGCUACACACCAAGGCCUUCUGUAUAGAACAAAACAAGGACACUAUUUUUAUUUUGCUGCCUGCCCAGUGCCCAGUCUUUGACCAACGGUGGCCUCCAAAGCCACAGAGCCUUCCUAGAGCUCAGAUUUCCACCAAGUGACCAGACAAUUCCUCUGAGUGGUGGUCAAAGCCAGCAAUGGUGUUCCUGUGUCUAUCCGAGGUGUUUUCACCCAUGAUGACGGCAGCUGCUUUCACCGCUCGCUGGCUUUAUAAACCAGCAAGUGCACCUUUCACCUUGUGCCAUCACAGGAGGGUGGUGAUAUCAAAACAUCAUUUGUGAUGAUGUCACAUCAGCAUCCAGUGCAGUGAUGUCAAGGUGGUUCAAAAGUAUCAUGAAAGUCAAGUAAAUAUUUUUAUGCAGGCACCAGAGGGGCACUGGUAACUACAAAAACCAGGUGUCACCCAGCUGCAAUAACGGGUGCUGUCAGAGAUCCUUAAAGCUCUACUGAUGGGAGAGUGUAUUCAUCCCCACAAACAGCAUGUGCCUGGCACCAAUCUUUAUCAAAGGCAUCAUAGGCCUUUAGGGGCCAGGAACGUGGAUACAACCUCUAUGUGAUCCACCCUUUUUGUGGUCAAAGACACUUGCAGAGCUACCUCUAAGAGGAGCAGUUCCAUUCAGCACAGCAGUCCCUUGACUACCCAGCCUUUCAUUUUUCCCCUGUAAAUUUUCUGUUGCCUGUUCUGGUGGCUCUGAUUUCUCCUCUCCUACCUACACAAGAUGAUAGCUACAUAGCCCGCCAAAUCUCCUUACCCCAGCUCCGCUCUCAAGAGUCAGCUUUCACCUGAACAAGAGUGGUGUGCACAACUCCAGCUGCCCUACAACUGCCUGUGCCUUUGAUCUCGUGAGAGAAAUUUGGAGUUUCUCUGCACCUGUGGUUGGAGAAUUUUGCCCUGGAUCCUACAAGUUUUUAGUCCUUCCUUCCUCUCACCCACCACAUCCUCAUCCUCACUGGCCCCUCCAACGUGAGGAUCAGUGACACUGAAUGGCAAAGUAGCUCUUUGAUACAAGAGGUAUGGAGAGCCCUCCUUCUCCUGGAUGGAGACACAAACAUCUCUCCACUUCCCUUAAACUGGUGUGUCCAACAGAACCUCGCUCUGGCAGGGCCUGGCUUUGGAACAGCUUCACUCUGAGGCUUUGUCGUCACUGCUAUAAAUGGGGAGGGGGGUACCUCAGGGUAAUGCACAUAAGCUACCUGAGGUAAAAAAACACAGUGAAGAGAAGGCACUUUAGUUUUAUCAUGAGGUAGUUUACCUCACAGUAAAGUGCUUUGUCUUCACUGUGUUUACUCCUCGGGAUAGCUUACACCUGUACCCUGAGGUAAAAGCCUCCCCUUUUUAUUGCAGUGAAGUCACCGCCUAAGGGGCAGGCACAUUGCUAUACACUGACCCAGUUCAGGACUUUCAUCCUUUCCCAGUUAAGGAGGAGGGAAGAAAGGGAGCAGCCAGAGGGGGGAAAGCAAAAGACAUUGCCUUCCCCCUCUUCCCCCCGCAACUGCCCCAUUCAUGUAUACUUACAACAAAUAGGCUAAUUCUGCACCUGCUCUGAAUCACAUUUUAGUCCCUUUGAAGGCCCUUAGGAGGGCUGCAAUCUGAUCCUCUACUGAAGAGGGUUCUGUCCUGGGGGUGACAUGUCCCCUUAUGAAUCACUGAAGCCCAUUGAUAAGGCCCUGUAUGAAUCGUGAUAUCCACAAAGUGAUGAAAGUAAAACUGCAUGCCCAUAUGAAAACACUUCAUUAGAAACUCUCUAUGGAGACUUCUGUGUGUUUGGGAACCCUGAUUUUUAGCAGGAACCAAGGAGGAACUGCAGGCUGCAAUGUUAGGCUUAAAACUCAGUCAAGAGGGAGGGAUUUGCUCUAAGGAAUGACCAUGCUGACUGUGUUACUGUCCUGUCAUUCUCCUGAAUCCCAAAUGGAAACUUCUAAGUGCUCUUCAUGAGCUGAUGUUUAUUAGAAAACUAUUCUUAGGUGUUUAAGGUUGUUUUCUAAUGAAAAUAUACAUAAUAAAAAAAGAAAAUGAAAGACUCUGUUAAUCUUCUCCUCUCCUUCUCUGUUAACCUGUAAUACACACUGUGAAAUUUACCUCCUCCUUGUUUGUUUAUUGCCAUUCCUGGUCAAUAAAAAUCUCUUUAUUUCUUUCCAUGAUUCACACGAGACCUUAUCCAGUGGCCUUUGUUGUCUGCUUUCACAUGCCAAAUUGAGGUCAACAUUUCAUUCAGAGGAUUUGAAAAAAUAAAGAUGAGGCAUUAUUGUCCUUAUUACAAUUG